AUGACAGAUCUGUCGACAGCCAUGACGCUGUCUAGUCUGUCUACAGAUGGUAAGUAAUAUUUCUGGAACCGGUUUGAGGUCAAAUUGUUAAAGAUUUAUUUCUUACUCCAGGAGGCCUUCAAAGGGAUCAUAUCUGUCUGGAGAAAGAAAUCACGGUUAAAACCCAGAAGAGUGCCAUGCCCCGCGAGAAGGUAAGAAAUUCAUCCUUAUUUCUAAGUAUCUAAUGUUCUAAGUAACUCAAACUUACAUAAGUUGACAAUUCCACUGCUAAGCUUACAUAAAUUUUUUACUUUGUGUCUGUCUAAAAGUCAUGUCAAAAAUCGUGAAAGAUAUUAUAAUCUUAUGCCAAAAGCUUAUUGUCCGUCGAUUGUUUUCGUUGCGGUCAUAAUUUUUCAGUAUGAGCUAUCUUUUUAAGCGAACUUGUAGUCUUCGGUAUGGUUGAAUGAUGGCCAAACAAGCUUACUUUCCACCCAACAGAAUGCUCGGUGUUCGAAGGUUUAAAAUGAUGUUAAAUAGGCUUAAUUUAAUCAACUUUUACAAGAGCUAUGUGCUCCCGCUCCAUCUUUUGUUUGCUGUAUUAAAAGGACCUAGUGCGGCCUCAGCUGGACCAAGAUAGUGAGCCAUUCAGAACACCGUCAAUUUCAUAGCGGUUUUACAACCUCCGCAAAAAAUAAUAACCUUGGAUCAUUAAAUCGGUAGGAAAAGGCACUGAUUAAAAUGGUCCUGUAAUAAACAGAAAAAAAAUCAUUCCGCUUACCUUGAUUUCUGCACUUACUGUGACUUGUCAAACGAGUAGAUCGCGAUGCAUAAAGAAGUAAAAUGGUUUCCGGGACGCAGUCCUUAGAACGGGACAUUGAUCACCCUUUUCCGAUUGUUGUUUACCUAAUCUGCGGUUAAUUCAGCUGUUCACCUCUUAUAAACCGAAGAAAGGCGACUACUUUGCAGAACAACUAAAAAUUACAAUUUUAUUCCACCAACUCACUCUCUUUUACUGCUGUAGAGGCUCAACAUAAUGUUUCUCACUUCGGCAUUUUUUUUACUUUUAUUUUUUCAAAACUUGAUUUGCAUAUAUCAUGGCCAUUUACCAGAUUUAACAGAUCUCUGAAGUCAACCAUAACUUUGGCUGCAAAUUUGCCCCUGUCUCCCCUCCCUAGAUUACUUGCGUGACCCAGCAUUCUUCGCGAGUUUCCAAGACGAAUCACAUCCGUUGACGUCUUUGGGAGGGAAGUUGGAAGGCAUUUGCUCUAAUUAUAGGAAGCGUAAUUUUAUAGUUAGUCACUUUUGUAUCGAACUUUUGACCUGAGAAACUCAAGAAGGAUAUCGUCCAGGACAGAGUUUUCCGAUCUGUCGAGAGAAUGUAUGGAAGUUCUGAAGAGGUUGUCAAUUUUCACCUCCCUAAAAAGGUCAGUCGCGCGAAUUGUUGUUGCAAUUUAACAUGGCGUAGCAAUACGUUGAAAUUAUCGAGAGGAGACGAGUUUUAUCGUUGGAUUUACCUUUCAUAAUCCUGGAAUUAUGUCCUCGUGCUAAACGACGAAGAUCUAGCAUGUGACACGACCUCACACUUCGAUCUGCUGCUAUGUGAACGCAUAGCUCUUGAGUUGCAAUUUGCCAAUAUUCGAUGCUUCGCACUGGAAUAAUAAAUCUAACGGAUUCUAUCUAGCAAUAACAUUGCUUAAUUUUGAGAAUGUUUCAUUGACGAUUUUCAGUUGAUCUGACCAUCAUUUAUCUGCCUGUUUAGAUAAAAGUGCUCGGUUAGCACAAGCUUUUUUAUUAUUUUAUAUGUUAGUCGUCAGAUUCAGUGAUGCUUCGGUCAUUUGAAUUUACUAUUUGGCCUUGGGUUGUGAGCGUUAUUUGUAUGCAAAACUGUUUGACUUUAUUGUCGUGUCAUUCCCUGACAUUUUCAGGUAUUUACGAUGAGCAAGUCUAUAUAUUUAGUCACGUUAACAAAGUUUUUGCUCCUUGGGGGGUAUGAUUGAUGUUGAAUCACAGUAUGACUAAACAAACUAACACGAACGAAGCUCAAAUUUUAUGCCAAACCAAACCAUUAAGCUUUAUUAUCCAUGUACAUGCAACUCUAGCUUUCCGUAUUUCAAAAUAAAAAUGUAAUGUUAUUUUCACCAAUUACUUUGUUUCUUAGAGUGGUAGUCAGUUUCAUUUUAGAUUUGAAUGUUCAUUAGGUUAUAAUCAUAUCAUUAUAUUAUGUCCAUUUUGUGAGAGUGGCAGUGUAAAUUUGGUUUUGCCAACACUGAUUUUAAGAUAAAUAGAGUUAGCCACCAUAAAUGUAUUCAGAGCCAAUAUCGCUUUGAACGUUAACGCUCAUGGAAAACAAAUUAAAUGUUCAGGUUAGAGAACUAAAAUUCAACAAUUUCGACAGUUCGAGCAAUGAGCGAAGACAAAAUAAUUAGUUCAAUUCAUCCAAGUACCCUGUCAAUGGUUCCCAAAGUACAUGAACUCAGAAGGUUUAUGCAGAGUCUUAAUUGCUUCAGAAACUAUGAAAACAUUUACAAACUAGUUUUCCAACCUGUGGAAAAAGCAUUGUUAAUAAGGAUUAAGUUUGCAGGGGCAAAAAAGGGAAAAUUCUUGAGUUGAUUUCUAAGAUUAAAUUAACGAAUGCUCACUUACGUAUUUAAAAUGACAGUAAAGACAAAAUUAUUUUUCUGAAUUGCCGUACUGACCAUUUAAAUCUGUCCCAUCCAACAUGUCAACUGCAGAUCUCACGUGAACACUUUCCACUCUAUUUCCAAUGUAAUAAUGUUUCUGUCUUUUUCAAAUUUCUUCUUAUUCCUUGCUGCUAAGAACCAAAGUCAAAAGAUAUGCAUUUUUUUUACAAAAAAACUAUAUCUUGCCUGUAAAUUUCUCUUGAAAGAUACAAGUUUAUCCACUGGCAAGGUUUCUGCCUAAGAAAAUUUUUUGGGAGCCUUUCAAGCUCCUAAAAUAAGAAGUUUGGAGACCAAUCCACAUUUCUAGGAGCCCGUUCAAACAAAAUAAGUAACUUUAUUAAACGUGCAACAACUGGUACACUAAUUGGUUGAUGAUAAACUUCAAAUUUAUCAUUUAUGCAACUCAAGGGCACAAAUAGUAACAUAGUAAAGGGUCAGCUAAGAUUCAAUGGCCAAUCUCCUUUUUUCUGUGCUAGAGGUUUUUUGCUUCAUAAUUGUAUUUCAAGAACAGUGGAACCAGGGUAUCUAAACCUAACAUGGUAGUUUUAAUUAGUUCACCAAAAUGACCCUAUCGAUAGUUUCUGUAUCUUAAGUUGACAGUCUCGACCAGAUCCUCAAAGCUUGAUUCACUCUUCUCGAAACCCAAGUCUCCCUCGCAGCCCUUUUUGUCUAGUCACACAAUGCUGUAAAGGAGACAAGACAAAAACAGAAGACUCGAACCAAUCGAGUUUUGAAAGGUGAAAAUCAAAUCUUGCUUUUCAAGAAACCAGCAUUUUCUAUAUUCACCACCUGAAGGGAUUUUGAGAAACGAUUUAUUUUUCAUGUACAGUGAAAGCAACGACCAAAAGGUAUUUAUUUACGUGUGUCGGGUGCGACAGCGUAAAUGAAAAAGAGAUUGAAAUAUGAACUUGAAUAGCUGCCGUAAAUCAUUUUCAAAAACUGAAAUGUUUUGCGAGCCUUUCAAAAGUUACCACAAAACGUACAGCAAAAAAUAGGGUGGCUUAGAUAACACUUUAUAAAUGAGAAAAAAAACCUUUGUGUGUACCGUUUGUGUUCACAGCAAGAUAGAAAACGCUAGAACUUGAAAAAGUUAAAUUAGCUGUACCAACUUCACUGUAUGACACAUGUAAUUUGAAACCUCUUGCUUUUCCACGCAGCACCACUUUUUGUCAAUUUUUACUACAUGCAAUAGCGACCUAAUGUUUCUAAUGCUGGGGAACAAGUCAUGAUGUUAAUAUCGAAGGCAUUUAAGAAUUAAGAAUUAAAUUCGAUCAUUUGACACCAUUUUCAGACAAGAAACAUCAUCUUCACUGCAGUGGGAUUUCAAAACAAGUGCUAGUUUGGUUAUCUUUUAUCAGCGGAAAUAUUUUUUUUACCUCAGCUGAUGACGAAAGGUUUUCGGUUGUCGUUUUAAAAGUGCAGAGUGAGUAGGGAAUUUUGUCGUUCAUUCACUAACUCUAUUUGCUGUUAAUAUUUUAAAAAAUGUAUGUUCAUGAGGACCUUCCCGCCAAAAGUUUAUUUGCAGGAAGUUUUCAUUUUGUACCUUCAGAGUUGACUGAAACUGAUAUGCACAUAUUUAUAUUUUAAUAUAGUGUUUAAAUUUAUUAGUUUACUUUAGGUCAUGAGAGAAAUGCUGGGGCACCUUGUCUGAAAUGUGGACCUGUAAAAUGUGAAGGUGGAUUAGAUUUGCACUUCUGGAGGUAAAGUUACUCACCAAUGAGGCUGUCUGCAUACUUAAAAGGGAAGUGAAUUAAAUGGGAGGGGAAGGUGGGGCUUUAAUAUGCUUCUCAUUCCUUGGGUUUGAGUUUCUUGCAGUUUCGUUGGUUUAUCUGUAUUGAUUGUAGUAAACUAUUUUAUUAUAUAAACACCAAUGAAAUACCAUGUGAGCUUUUGCACGAAAACAUGACAUCUUUUUUGUGAAAAUAACAUAUUAUAUUCAUUUGUGAAAACAUUACUGUUGCCAUGGCUAUGUAAUAAAUCCUGCCUUUCACAACAAAUAACUAUUCAAGUGAAAUGGUUUGGUAUUUCAUUGGUGGUUAUGUAAUAAAUAGAACAUUACAUGGCCACUUGGAGAUACAAAAUUUCUCUUCUGGUGUUGAAGAAAUAUUUUUCAACACUCGAAGAUAAAUUUCGUAUCUCCGCUCGGCCAUGUAAUAUCCUCUAUAUCUUUUCUCUCUUCCAGAAGGCCUCUUCCUGGUUGUUCAAAUGUUCACUAUCCAAGGGCUAAAAAAAACCUUGUAUUCAAGCCUGUCCUUUUUGCAAGCAGCUCUCACAUAUUGCUUGCUGAGGCCGCUCCUUGCUUGUCUUUAAUUAUUUGUUAGAGGGUGACUUGCUUGUACCCUUACCCACUGGGCAAGUAAGCUUUAAAAGUUACUUUCCCAGCAAGAAAAUGUACUUGUACUGGACUGCCAGACGCGACUUUUUCCAAGCCCUGCUUGGGGUGUUCAUUAGCCAUCAGAGAUCAGAGAAUUCUCUGUUUACUACGCAGAAUUCUCCGACUAACGUUCAGUAACUUAUGACUAUGUUUAAUUCAGACAGGGAGCCUCUUUCAAAAUAUUCUCCUGUAACGUUACACAUAUUCUCCUGCUACUUUAAUUCUUAAUGAAAACCCUGCCUGCUAUCCACCAGAUAAAUCACUAUCCAGUGGAUAGGUAUUAGGGAAAAUAAUAAUGUGUUAUCCUCUGGAUAGAGAUUUACCCAGUGGAUAGUGCUUUCCACCUUGAACAACUUGGGCCAGGUCUAAGGCUUAUCUCAUGAGUUCUUAUCCAGUUGGCAACUCUACUAUCCACUCUUUGGACAAAUCAUGACCUGACUGUCAAAUAAUAAUGUUUAAGGAGACUUUUUGGCUGUUUUGCCAUGAAACCUGGCAGAGAUAUGGUUUCUUAGCUAGCAAAGAGAAUAAAUUACAGUGAACUUCCAUCAUAACGGACCCUGUAGGGACCUCGAAUUAGUGUCCUCUUUAGUUCGAGUCCGUAAUAGUGGGAGUUAAUUUAGGUCAAACAUCUGUAAUUUGUUUUCGCCAGGGAUUUAGCUACUGUCCAUAUCGUCAGGGUGUCCGUUAUAGUGGGAUGUUCGCAAGGCGAGAGAACUGUACUCAGUGUUUCGUCUUUUUCACAGGAAAAUCUGCAAGACUUGCAAGUGUAAACCAGAGGAACAUGAUAUCAAGAGUGCAGAAGAAGAGGCCCACAAACUAGUGGUGCACAGUCUGUUCUCCAAAGACUCCCCUGUAGGACACAUUAGGGACUACUUCCGCAAAUUGGAAGAAGCAAAUAAUACUCAGCGGUCUGAGUAUGCCAGGCAGUUUGCAUGGACUCCCCCCGGACUACAGCAGGGUGUGGUAGGUAUUCAAGAUUUGUCUUACUGUAUAAAUUGUUUUUUGACAGAGCCUUUCUAGCAGAGAUAUUUGUAAUGCAGGGUCAUUGUCAUUAGCCUUUUGACGAUAAGGCAUGACUUGAAAGAUUCCUUGUUCUGGAUCCCCAACGGACUCAACAAAUUAGAAUCCUGAAAAACAUGGCAAACAAAACAAAACAACUGGCCAAUGUACGCACUCAAAUCUGGGAAAGUCCCCAAAGGGCCUGAGUGUCUGCGCACAGGGGUCUAGGGGCGUGCCAACCCUGUAAUGAGAACCAAAGGGCCUUUCAAAGGGGCAUUAUUAUUCAAAAUAUUAUUAUUUGAUUUUUGGUUUCCAGUGAGGGCCAUUAGUUAGGCGAAUAUUCAUGGCCACUGUACAAUGUGAUAACAGUUGAUUAUGCUCAAAAUCUUUGACCAUUCCAGUACUAUUUUUAUUCACAACUUCUAAGAAAGUCCAGCUUAAAGAGUGUUGCAUUCCUCAAAAAAACUUCCUGCCUCUUGUUUCUAAAAAGUAGUUAAUCAUUUUUUUGUGAUUUAUUCACAGCUAAUGAAGUACAUGGAGUCGCUACACCCUGAGGUUAAACCUAAAGUUGGAAGUGAUGGUGCUAAGUAUCGCCGCAAGCAAAUGAUGUAUCAGUUACCAAUCCAUGACCAUGAUGAGAACUACUGCGACAAUUUAACUGAAGCUGAAAGAGACAGCAUGAGGCAGUUCUGUGAUGACAGGAACCAAAAUGCUCUGGGAGUAGGAGAUGUGAGAGAGAAAACCAACCCUAUCUCUAAAUGGGUGUGUACAUGUAUUACUAUAAUCAUUGUGGCACUGAUUCACUCUGCAAUUUCUUGAAAGAGUAAAGACUGCUUGCCCCACAAAUGACACUAAACUUCUGGUUAAGUCCAUCUGUGAGCCAGGACGGGAAUCCUUGUCCUGGGUACCAGUAUUUCAGUAUGUACCAUGAUUGGCUUGUUAAAAAAGCCAUUGUCAAUUUGCCAAUCAGGUUGAAGGGAAAUUCAAAAUGCACUUUCGGUAAUUAGUUGAGUCCACUGGGAACCCAAAGCCAGGAUCAGGGGUUCAUUUAUAGAUUACAUCUGUGACACAGGCUCCUAAAAACAUAGUCUGCGAACCGCAGACGUAUUUCCGGUUGUCGCUUCUCUCCCUUUGAAAAAUAAUCAUUUUCGGCAGGUGAAACUAAAGCCCAAAAAACAGGAUGCCUUCGCAGGCUACUAAAAACACUACUACUUAAAAAUGUAUUUUGCUUAAUGUUACAUUUUUGUCACACUUUAGCAUGCAUAAAAGUUUAAAACAAAAAUGGGAAAUUUAAGAAAGCAUUUGAUUUAUUCUGCAGCCAUGAAGCUCUGAAAGAACUUUACUUUCAUUGUCCUUUAAAAACACCUUUCGUUUUUAGGACUAGAAAUGUGGUUUAAUUACUUACACUGUAGCUAAUUAUAUAACUCGUUCAUGGCGCCCCAAUGCAUCACUACAGUCACACUCUCCAACAAGUACACAUUUAUUAACCCUUUAAGCACCAAUGGUGACCAACACCAAUUUUCUCCUCACGAUAUCCAUACCUUGUCAAGAGAUAAGGUUAUGAGAAUUAAUGAAAUGAUCACUAAAGAGAAAAUGUUUUGAUCUUUUAUCAAAUUCUCUCAACUUAUUCUUUAAAGAAAUGUAUAGAGAUCAGUUUGGAGAAUUGGUAUGUGGAUAUUGUGGCUUACUCGUGUGGAAAAAACAGAACUGUUGCCACCCUGUGGUUACUAUCUGAAAGUUUAUGGUGUUUUUUCCUCAUAGGUUUGUUUUCGUUGUGGUCAAAACAUUGGCCUUGGAGAGAUUGCUGUUUUUGCUUCUCGUGCCGGAGAGAGUAGAUGUUGGCACCCCGGCUGCUUUGUGUGCCAGAUUUGUAACAAUCUCUUGGUAGACCUGAUUUACUUCUACAAGGAUGGAGGCAUCUACUGCGGCAGACACUACGCUGAGAUGUUCAAGCCCCGCUGUGCUGCUUGUGAUGAGGUGAGAGAAUCUGAUGUCUAUGUUACUGUUUGAUAGACUUUGUUGUUUCUUGGUCGUGUUGCGGACGUUUGCGAUCACCAAAUGACGUGCAGCUGUAAAACAAAUGAUUGAAAAGACACUGAACACCACACCAACCAUAUAUUUGUAGUUUCUCGCCUGCAACACCAAGAAACAUCCUAAACUUUCAACGUGAUUUACUGACAGCUCCAAAGCCCCAUUCACGGUCAAAGCGUUAACAAUCAACCUGCCCCAUUUGCGGUAGAAGCAUAAGCUUUGUACCAGGAACACAUGUUUUAUAUCUAAACCAGGUUUUCAAGUAAAAUUUGGACUUGUGUCUUCAUUUUUGCCAAAUUUGUAGUCGACCAAAACCUUUAGGCAGCUGUUACAAAGGAAUUAAAAUAAUUUAUACCAUGUUUAACGAAACAGGUUUUAAACAUUUUCAAGCGUUGGUGUGAAUGGUGCAGUACUCGCUAGCAAACACGAACACCAACCAGUCAAGAUCAGGGAGAGCUUCGUCUUUCCCCGCGCGUGUCUUCCUCUUUCACGCGCAGCAAUUAUCUUGCACCCAUAAUUCUUAUGUCCUGCCAUACAGGCUAAAGCCCCUUCAAAAAUCCCAACAAAUACUUCAGUAAAUUUACAGACAACGUAUUUUUGUUGCAGUUGAUCUUUAGCCGGGAAUACACUCAGGCCGAAGACCGUAACUGGCAUCGCAAGCACUUCUGUUGUUACGAGUGUGAUCGGGAUCUGGGUGGGCUACUGUACGUUGCACGUGACGGGCAUCCACACUGCAUGGAGUGCUACAAUCGCCUGUACGCUAAGAAAUGCUCAGAAUGCCGUAACGUCAUUGGCGCAGACGCUCAGAGGAUCGAAUACGAGGGAGAGUUCUGGCACGCGCGAGACGAGUGCUUCAAGUGCGCAAUGUGCAAGACAUCACUGAUUGGAAGGCAGUUUCUUCGUCAUCCAAAGAAGAACAAGAUUUUCUGUUCCACCGGUUGCGCCAGAAGUUACUAGACUUGGUUAUUAGAGAAGUUUGUUUUUAACAUCCUGUUGGGUUUUAUCAGACAGUAGACGGUGCUUAGGUUUUAGAAUUUUUAGUUCGAAACGACGGUGGAGUUACGAGUUUAAUAGGUAGAGUUAAUUCUCUUAAGCUAGACAGUCACGUUUUAAGGUAUUUGUGAAAAAUAGCGCCAGUAAGAAUUUCCUUAUAAGUUAUUAUUUGAAAAACAAACUGUUAUUUCGCUCUCAAAACCACAAUCCACCGGGACUGAAUUAGACCGAAUAUAGCAAGACAAAUUCAAGCACCUUUUAAGCUAAACACGCGUUUCCCGCUGUUGAUGUCAGCAACAUAUUUUCAGUUUUUGAAAUAUGAGGUAUAAUGUUUGUUACUGCUGAAUUGAGAGUGAGAAACCUCUCCAAUUUAUCUUCGUCCGGUUUUUUCAAACCCGUGUAUAGAACUAACAACUUGCCUCAACUUAGAAUAAGUCACGAACUCUCAAACAGAUCUUCUGGUACUGGGUUCACAUACUAAAAAGGCCAAAGACUUUUCUCAGUCACUUAUUCCUAGGACUUGACAUUCAGAACGCAGUUAGACCAAGUGGAUAGCGACCACGAGAUUAAUCAUAGAUAGGUGUGUUUUCGACGAUUUUGUUAUACAUUCAACCAGGCCAUUAGAGUGGAAAAGGUCUUUUUAUUCUCAGAGCUCAAUCACCUACACCGUGCAUGACGGCCGACAUCAAUAACACGGUUUUUUCACUGUCAACACAUUUAAAAUAUUUGCUUUCCACUCUUGACUUCGCAGGUUACACGAUUCACUAUAACUUUGAGUUUUCGUUAGUUCCCCUCGCUUCGCUUUGUGGCCACUAAGUUGGCCUGGUAAAACGCGUUUUUUUUUUUAAUAUUCGUUGUUGCACUGUUAGAGACCUUCAGAUUCUAAGACGAGGACGGCUACGUCACUGGGAGAACGAAAUUUUCUGAAUAGGGAGCUUAAGCAACGACGAGGCGUCGGCAACGAGAACGGCAAAAAAGCAAUACGUUUAGACCCUGUUUACAUGGAGUGGGGGACCCCGGUCUAGUGGGGUAAGUUUCUUUUGUUUUGUGUCCCCCAGAACGUGAAAACAAAAGAAACUUACCCCACUAGACCGGGGUCCCCCACUCCAUCACUCCAUGUGAACAGGCCCUUAGAUUGGCAAAACAACAACUCUGCACGUGCAUCACCCUUUUUUGUACAUUUCUUAGCCGUCGUUGCACGAUACAACGUGAAAGUGCCUAAAUCCACGUUUUGUCGAGGACGGGAACACAAGACAACAACUUUGUUUUUCGUUUCCUAAACUUUGAUACCGUCCUUUAGAAUUCAAGGCCAAAAACAUUUGACAGAGUAAACGAGAUGGAAUAAGCGUGAUAAAAAUUGUAAAAAAAAUUGUAAAUUGCUUGUUUACCCACGAAGCACAUAGGAGUUCUUAUGAACUCACUGAAACGUGUCCGUGCGUUCCAGAUCGAAUUGGAAUUUGGAAGUGUUAGUUUUUGAGGAGAGGGGAAAACCAGAGAAUUCGGAGAAAAACCUCUCGGAGCAAGGGAGAGAACCAACAACAAACUCAACCCACAUAUGGCGUCGACGUCGGGAGUUGACCCGGGUCACAUUGUUGGGAGGCGAGCGCUCUCACCACUGCGCCACCCUUGCUCCCCGAGUUUGGGCAUGAAGAAGCGCGAAUUCACUUGUUAAUCUUAGACAUCGCCACCGUUGUACCAAGUAGUGGGCGCCGCACGUGAACCCGCGUCAUUAGGGACUUUUAAAGAUCCAAAGACGCGGACGGCAACGAGAAGGUAAAAAAAAAACAAUAGGUUUUUAUAAGCAAAACAACAACUUUGCACGUGCAUCAUGCUUUUUUGUACAUUUCUUUGUCCGUUUUUGCACGACUUCGACGUGAACAUGCCCAAUUUCGCGUUUUAUGGAGGACAUAAACAAGCAAGGACGAAAUUUUAUUUCUUUUUGAACUUGGAUAUUGGCCCUAGGAUUUCAGUUCCAGGAGGGUUCACCUACAUUUGACAAAGUAAGUGGGUAGGAAUAAAUUGCGAUAAAGACUGAAAGAACGCAAAUUCACUUUUUAAGCGACGUUCUCGUUAACGUCGCGUCGUUGGAUCUUAAAGUCCCUAUUUUGGUUUUGGUGAAAAAAACGUAAAAUGAAGCUGUCUGGAUUGUUUACUCUUUGAGCAUAAGCGAAAAAAACCUGUAAGUUAAAUCUCGCCCUCGUAGUCUUCCUCGUCCUCGGAUAUAAAGCUCUAUUAAUAUAGAUUGAAACACUGAGUAUGGUGAUUCAUGAUUAAUUUUGUAAAGGAGGACACAAAUAGGUGGUUCCUCAUUUUAUGGGACAAAAUAUUGAUUAACUGU